CACUGCUGCAUACAGACAUCGGACCACUCCACGAUUGUCGAGGAAAAUCCACGCGACCCUGCACGACCAGGUGAUCGCUUUAUACCCAACCGCUUCCUCGCUACAGAGGCUGAAUGACGGCAUCGCCGCGCUCUUUUGCUCGACCUCGCACUUCAAAUAGCUCUCGUACUGGGCGCCCGAAUGGCUCAAGAGCAAUCCAAGCAAAUCCGCCGCGCGGUCCAUGUGCUGAGAUUGCCGCCUCGACACUACCAUGGAGGAUUCGGCGCAACUCGCACCGAGGACCGAUGAUACAACCGCCCAAAUUCCCCCACCUGUUUGUGUGGAAGCUGGACUAUACAUGAGACAUGUACCCACUCGGUUUUCCCUCAGGAGUAGUGCGAUACGCUUGAGAGGCGCGCUUGCUUCACAAUACCUCAUGCAUCAUGCCGUACUCAAUCUUCCUAAUCGCUAUCCUUGGUCCACGCACUGCACAUAGAGCCCCCAUUCGGUGACGGUGGUGCUCUCGUUCUCGUCGAUUCCUCGAACCUGGCGGGACGUUUUCCUUCAUUCACGUGUUAGCAGCUCUGCAUGCACUACUCAAUUUUCUCCUUGCGAAAUUACAGGGACGAUGUUCUGACACACCAGCAUGGGUUCUUGAGGAGCGUGGCUCUACAUGUGACACUAGAUCAUGAGCAAUCGGCCUAUCUGUUCUUUGCAAACAGAGGAGGGUCACGG